UUGCUGACUCGGACUCACCGGGCGGGCUGCCUUCUCAUUAACUCCUCCUAUUGUCCAGCUGAGUUUCUUCGUUCCUGUCACGACAACUCGGUGCGAUGUCUCGCAUAUCCCGCAAGGAUGCAGAGAAUCAGGUUCAGUCUUGGGGCUUUUCCCAUGUCUUCACAUGGACGGACAGUCCGGACUACCAUCACAAUCCCCACAAGCAUGCCGGUGUGACGACGCAUCUCAUCCUGUCCGGCGAGCUCACCAUCUCGUAUCCGGAGGACGACCCGGACAAAAAGGAGACGCUUGGUCCUGGUGCUCGCUUCGACGUGCCUGCGGGCAAAGUACAUGAGGUCUGGGUCGGCAAAGAGGGCUGUACCUAUGUCAUCGGAGAAUGAAGGGCAUCUAUCUCUCGU